AUGCUUAAGAGCACUGGCUCUUGCCUCCUUCAAAACCUCUCUUUCUACAUCCACCCACCUGCUGCGACCAUGACACGCCUCUUGCCCAGCGCAAGUUCGCGACAUGUCGCCCGCGGCAGUUGGAUCUCACGCUCCCAGCCUCCCAGAUCGCCUCAGAUUGCUCCGGUUUUCCUACCCGCCUGGGCCGAGCAUUGGACCCAUCGAGUUUCUCUUACUGCCAACGCCGUUGAAGAAGCCAUAAUCGUGGAUCAUUUGGAAACAAUGGAGUCCUACGACGGCUAUGGGUCUCCUGGAAGAGCCCGUGAGUCAGAUUCCUUCUCGGGACGAGACCCCACUGAAUCAUACAGACGCCGAUCGCCUCCUUCUCAAGAUCGACGACGUGCUCGACCGCGCUCUCGUUCCCCCGUGAUUGAUCGUUAUGAGCCUUCAGACCGCCGUGCCCACCGUGAUGACCAUUACAACAACUCCCGGGACCAUGCGGCCCGGGAGCGCGAGGACCGCCGACGGGCCCCAUCUCCCAACGUAGCCAAUAUCGACCGCUACGUGCCGGGGCAGGAUUUCGGUGAAGGCCCACGCCCUCUCCUGAGUAAUCGGCUUCCCAACCCCCUUUCACUUGAUUUCCAAGUUGGCUUCAAUUGGUUUGCGGAGUGGUGGAGAGGAGAGCAAUCUGUGAAUGAAGAAAAGGAGCGCGCCAGGAAUGGUGGCCGCCGCGUCAAGGGCGAACGUGAAGCGCGCGAAGAUCGCGAGAAUCAGCGCACUCAAAUUCAGGCUGCCUACGACAAAUACAAGGUGGAUCUCCAGAUUCGAUUGGCUAGGCUGUUCGUGCAACAGCAUCGCCAUGAAGAAUGGUUCAAAGAGCGAUACGUUCCGGAGGUUCGAGACCCUGUUCGCAGCCGGCUCACGGCUGUGCGCCAAGGCGCGUACGAACAAUGGCAACGUGACAUUCAGAACCACGUUUUCAAAGACUUCACCCUCGAAGGCAUCUACAAGGGUGACAGUGACGGCGCUGGGGGUGUGGUUGAAAAGGAGGAGGGGGAGACCACAGCCGCUACUGAGACUAUGGGCGUUCUCGAUCUUCUUCCUGUGCGUGGAGGAGACCUUCGCGACGAAGUGCUUUCCCAGCCGGCUCUCCUGAUCAAGACCCUCGCACCCAACGUCAGUCGAACCAAGAUUGAAGAAUUCUGCCGCGAGCAUCUCGGCGAGGAGGACGGAGGCUUCAAGGGACUGAGCCUCAGCGACCCGAAUCCCUCCAAGAAGUUCCACCGAAUGGGUUGGAUCAUGUUGCACCCAUCCUCCGAGACCAGUGUUGUCGAACGAGGAGAUGGACGCGAAGAGGAAUUUGACGAGUCCGAGCGGAACCGGGUGGACGGCACUACCACAGCCAGCACAGCCGAAAAGGCUCUGGAAGCCGUCAAUGACAAGACGAUCCAUGAUUCUGUUCAUGGUGACUUUGUUUGCCACGUGGGGGUUCACGUCCCCCCUACCCAGCCCCGCAAAAAGGCCCUCUGGGAUCUCUUCUCUGCGCCUGAGCGCAUUGAUCGUGACCUGGAGCUGGCCAAGCGCUUGGCCUCCAAGCUGGACUCUGAGAUGGGUGAAAGCGUGGAUGGUGUUGCCACGAUCGAAGAGUACGUCGACGACCUGCGUGGCAAAGGGGAGUUACAACCCCCUGCCACCGGACCCGUCAGUGCCAAAAAGCCGAAGAAUGGAUAUGAAGAUGAAGAUGAUGGGGAAGUCGAAGAGGGUGAGGAGAAAGAAUCGAACGACGACGACGAGGUGGAUGAUGAAGAGCUUGCUGUUAAGAAAAAGAAGCUCGAUUUAAUCGUCGAGUACCUGCGACGGGUUUACACUUUCUGCUUCUUCUGUGUAUUUGAGAGUGACUCUGUCCACGAACUUGGUCGCAAGUGCCCCGGAGGACAUCUUCGCCGUCCGCGUACUGGUCUUUCCAGCCAGGCCAAAGAAGUCGCCCGAGCUAGCGCACUCGGUCAGCCCUUCCCCUCCAAGCAAAAGGAACCCAGCGAGGAAGGAGAAGACCCAUCCUCACCUGUUCGGGAGAAGCGUGGCCAACGUCAUGGCUCCAAGUCAGAGCAGCAAAUACAGCGUGCGUUCAACUGGGUCAAGACCUUUGAGGAUAAACUGUUGCAGAUCCUGGAGCCCGAAAACGUCGACCUCGCCAAGAUCGGCGGUAAGCCGGUCGACCAAGCUGUGGAAGAGGAGCUUGUGAAGUACAUGAAGCAAGAGGACGAUUCCAAGUACCGCUGCAAGGCCCCUGACUGCACCAAGCUUUUCAAGGCCGAGGCCUUUUGGCGCAAGCACGUCGAGAAACGCCACGGGGAGUGGUUUGAACAGAUCAAGAACGAUCUUCACCUUGUCAAUGCUUAUGUCCUUGACCCGGCACGUAUUGCCCCGUCUCGAUCCGAUGCCAACAGCAAUGGUCACUUCCCACUCGGAUCUGGCCAAGGGCACAACGGCACCCCUCGUGGCUUCAGCUUAGCCAGUGCGCCUUAUGGAGCUAAUGGCGCCAUGCCCCACUUCCCACCGGGUGGGAUGCCCAUGAUGGGUGGUCAUGCCGGUGGCUGGAAUGGCAUGGGACACGACGGUGGAAUGCAUCAGCCUGGACCCAUGCGCCGUGGCCAAAACCGCAACCAACGACCUGGCCCUUACGAUCGUCGGCGCUACAACAGUAACGGCCGUCUAAGCCCUCCCCGUGGCAUGCCGGGCAUGUAUGGUCGGGUGCCUCCCUCUGUCAAUGUCCCUGCCGGUCAUCCUGCCGCUGGAAUGGUCGCUGCCAACCCAUUCGCCGACUCCCUGGGCUCGAAUGGCGCGCCCAUGCCUCCACGCGAGGCCGUCCAGGGCCGGAGCUUGAAGAGCUACGAAGACCUUGAUGCUGUUGACGGUGCAGGUGGUGGCGAGCUCAAUUAUUAA